AUGCGCGUUAUCAGUAUAUUUUUCUUUUCUCUCUUAUUCACGUUGACAUUGAAAGCUAGAGCAACAAACACAAAUUCUUCAUAUCCAUCAACAUUCCAACCUUUUCAUGUUCCUCAAACUCAAAAACAUGAUAUCUUCAUUAGCUUUCGUGGUACAGAUAUUCGCCACGGUUUUCUUGCCAAUUUGGUUGAAGCUUUGUGUCAAAAGAAAAUAACUUUCUUCAUAGACAAUAAGCUUAUAAAAGGAGAUGAAAUAGCAGAAUCCCUUGUUCAAGCAAUUGAAAUAGCUUCGAUUUCUUUGGUUAUAUUCUCUGAAAACUAUGCUUCUUCAUCAUGGUGUUUGGAUGAGCUAGUCAAAAUUGUGGAGUGUAGAGAGAAGAAAGGACAGGUUUUGUUGCCUGUUUUCUACAAGGUUGACCCCAGAAUUGUGAGGCACCAAAAUGGAAGUUAUGGAAGUGAUUUUGAUGAACAUGACAUGAAAUAUAGUUCGAGCAAGGUACAACGCUGGAGAUAUGCUUUGAAGAAAGCAGCAGAUGUCAAUGGCUUUCAUUCAUCAAACUAUUUGAAUGACGCAGAGCUUAUUAAAGAAAUAGUUAAAAAUGUGUUGAAGAGGUUGGAUCAAGUGCGUCAAUUUAGCUCAAAACACCUUGUUGGGAUUGGUAAACAAAUUUCACAACUGGAAUCAUUGUUACAACUAGAUUCACAAGAUGUUCGUGUGAUUGGAAUAUGGGGGAUGAAUGGUAUAGGUAAAACCACUAUUGCAGAGGUGAUGUAUGACACGCUAUCUUCUGAGUAUGAAGGUUCUUACUUCAAGGCUGAGGUAAGAAAAGAAUGGAGAACACAUGGACAUUUGUAUUUAAAGAAAGAUCUUUAUUCUACUUUACUUGGGGAACAAGAUUUGAAAAUUGAUACGCAACAUGGAUUGCCCUAUUUUGUCGAGAGGAGGCUUCGUCGUAUGAAGGUUCUUGUUGUUCUUGAUGCUGUCAAUGAUCCACAGCAACUAGAAAUUUUGAUCGGAAACCUUGAUUGGUUUGGUAAAGGUAGUAGAAUCAUCGUAACAACCGAUGACAAGCAAGUCCUUGCCAAGAUGGUUGCUGGUAAGGAUAUAUAUGAGGUUAAGGCAUUAAACUCUGAUGACUCUCUUAGCCUUUUCAAUUUGCAUGCUUUUGAACAAAACCAAACAUAUGAAAUGGAGUACUAUGAUUUGUCCAAGAAGAUUGUCAGGUAUGCCAAUGGAAUUCCACUUGUUCUUAGACUUUUUGGUCUACAUCUUCAUGGACAAGACAAAAGUAUUUGGAAAAGCAAACUGAAGAAGCUUAAAAAAGCUCCGGUUAAAAAAGUUCAUGAUAUCAUUAAACUGAAUUACAAUGAUCUAGAUCGUCACGAGCAGAUGAUGCUUUUAGACAUUGCGUGUUUUUUAGAAGGAUUGCAUCUCAAAGUUGACGACAUAACUCUGUUGUUAAAUGAUCAGGGUGAUUCAAUGGGUUUUAAGUUAGAAAGACUGAAACGUAAAGCUCUUAUAACUAUUUCUCCAGAUGAUGUUGUAUCCAUGCACAACAUUAUACGAGAAACAGCUUGGGAAAUUGUUCGCGAAGAAUCCAAUAAUGAUCCUGGACAUCAAAGUCACUUACUUGAUCCUUCUGACAUUUAUGAAGUACUUGAAAAUAACAAGGGGAGUAAGGCUAUUAGAAGCAUAGCUACCGACUUGUCGAUAAUAAAGGAUCUGAAGUUAAAUCCCGAAGUGUUUUCUAAGAUGAACAAACUACGAUAUCUGGAUAUUUAUAGUAAAGGUGACUAUUACACGUUUCGUCAAUUUCCGCAGAAAUUGUAUCUUCCUCAAGGGCUUGAAUCUUUGCCAAAUGAACUCAAAUACCUUCGCUGGGCAUAUUACCCUUUGGAGUCCUUACCAUCCGAGUUUACUGCGGAGAAUCUUGUUGUGUUAAACUUGCAGUGCAGCAAAGUGAAAAAACUUUGGCAGGAAGAGAAGGAUGUUGUGAAUUUAAAGGAACUAAUACUGACUUUAUCUUCAAACCUGGUGGAGCUUCCAGACUUGUCGAGGGCUAAAAAUCUUGCAACGGUUGAUCUUCGCUCGUGUGUACAGCUGACUAGUAUACAUCCGUCUGUGUUUUCUCUCAACAAGCUUGAGAAAUUGGAUCUAGGUGGAUGUUUUUCCCUCACAAGUCUCAAAAGCAACAUCCAUUUAAGUUCCCUUCGUUAUCUAUCCCUUGCCGGUUGCAUUGCACUAGAGGAGUUCUCAGUAACCUCAAAGGAAAUGGUAUAUUUAAAUCUAGAAUUCACAGGUAUCAGAAAACUACCAUCAUCAAUUGGACUCCAAAAGAAACUUAAAAAGUUGCUUCUUUCACACAUUAACAUUGAGAACUUGCCCAAAAGCAUCAGGCAUCUUUCUAUGCUGAGACAUCUUGAAUUACGAAAUUGUUGGAACCUUCAAAGUCUACCGAGGCUUCCGUUAUCACUGGUAACUCUAGAUGCCAGUGGUUGUGUAUCAUUGGAGAAUGUAACUUUCCCUUCAACUUCUCUUCAAAUAUUAAAGGAAAACAAGACAAGGGUUGCCUUCUGGAAUUGCUUGAAACUGGAUCAACAUUCUCUGAAAGAAAUAGAAUUGAAUGCACAGAUUAACAUGAUGAAACUUGCACACAAGCAAAUAUCUGCAUCUAGUGAUGAUCAUGAUUAUGAUGCUCAAGGCACAUAUGUGUAUCCAGGAAGCAGUGUUCCAAAAUGGCUGGUGUAUAGGACAAAAAGUGAUUCCAUGACUAUUGAUCUCUCUUUUGUGAAUCAUUUCUCUGAUCAACUGGCCUUUAUUUUUUGCUUCAUUGUGCCACAAAUUGAAUCAAAGGGUUUCAUUUUGAGAUUUAAUAUUAGAGUUGAUGGUGAAGAUGAAAAUAUUCAAGUAUACUUGGAUAGACCUGGUCUUGGAAUUAAGUCAAAUCAUGUGUAUCUAAUGUAUGACCAAGGUUUGUCUCGCUAUCUAAAUAGUCUGAUGAAAUAUCAGUCAAAGUUCAGAAUUAAGGUUACGCUGGAAUCACGAACACCGAUAUCAGGGCACAUGCGUGCAAUGUUGUUGAGAGGAAUAGGGGUCAGCCCAAUAAACAGCUCACAAUAUCUCAACUUCAUUCAACACAUGGAAAUUAUUGAUGAAGGUACAACUUAUUUACCACGUGGGGUAAUUUAUAUGCUUUUCACAGUUUACAUAGGGUUACUUAUAAAGAUAAUUUUUCAAUGGUUUUAG